UGACCGUUGUGUUAAACCUAUGAUAUAACACUUUCUGCAAGUUUGGUUUUGUAUAUUGUUAUACGUACUGUGUUUACUAUUUCCUGCUAAUGUAAGAAAAUGUGUUAAUUGAUGUAUUAAUAUUGGAGACGAUGGGUAGAAAGUGCAUUGUCCCAGGCUGCAUAUCGACAGGGCAAGCAAAAUCUCAUCGCUUCCCUCGGAACGAAACGGUGGGUCAGAAAUGGCUAACUGCAAUUCAAAGUCCUUUAUACAAUGAACUUAUUUAUGAGGACUUUCGAAAAAAGAAACUCGUCAUAUGUUGUCGGCAUUUCAAAGAUAAUGACUAUUGUGAACCAAACAGUGAAAAGAAAAUGUUAAAGUAUGAUUCUGUUCCAACAUUGUUUUUGCCAAAGUCUCAUAAUAUGGCAAGCGAUGAGAUACAAAUGUGUGAAGUAGAAAUUGAAGCGGAAGACGCUGAAAUUCUGGAGGCAGUAUCAGAAGUGACAGCAGAAAUUGAAAUAGCCAUAAACGAAUUUCAGGAGCCUGUGGUAGAUUUAGAGGAAGUGGAGGAGGAAAAUCUGAAAAUUUCGAAAGCAGAAUCUUUUUGCAUCUCUCCCAAUGUAUCGUAUGUAGUUGAAAGACUGUGCACAAGUAACAUAAUAAAGAGCUCUUUAACAACACCCAGCAGAGGGAGAGGUGUCAUAAAUGCAGAAGAUCUAAAUAGGACAGAGGACGGCAUCAUGAGAGUUGAAUCGGACGUGAUUCUGGAGAAGGAAAAGGCAGACAUUGCAGAUGUUCAUUCAUCUCACCCUCGAGAAAUUCAGGAAAUAAUUAGAGCAACGCCCUCGACGUCUUUUUCACGGAAUGGCAAGUCAGGGAGCGGACUAAAAAUGAAGCGAAAAAGUCUUCUCGGCGGAGCAUCUACAGUAGAUUUGACUCCAGUGGCGAAAGUUAUUCACGAACAUUCUUCGAAUGCCAGGAGGAUGCAUUAUCAAACUAGAUUGAGAUUUACAAGGUAUGAUACGAGAAAUAAAAAUUCUCAAGGGGAUGUCUUUGAGAUACAUCACACCUUCACUUCAUCGUGUCCAAAUCACGAUAACGAUCAUUUAUCGUGCUCACGUGUUAAAGUGAUAAAACAGGAUUGAAAUGAUUUAUUAUCAAUUAUUAAUUGUGCAAGUCGUAUAUAUUUUCCGUUUCUGGAAUCUUCAAACUUGUAAAUAUCCCAGGUAUUAGAAAAUGUAUUUUAUUUUCAUAUUUUCCUAUUAUAUAAUUUUCUAAUUUUUACAUAGUCAAGAUUUUCGAGAAUGUGUAAAACUUACACACUUUUUAAAUUAAUCAAUUAUAAAUUGUGUAAGUGGUGUACAUUUUCCUUUUGCUGAAUUUCAUAAUUUUCACAUGAAGAUAUUCGAGAAUGUGUUUUAUUUUCACUAGGGUAGGACGAAAAAAACUCAAAAUGAAUAGAUUCAUUAGUAAUAUCCCUACAAGUUGUGCAUGUGGCGUCACGAACAAAUUCUAAAAAA